UGACGCUAAUACUCUUUCGUCACCGUCACCUUUCUCCAGUCGACCCGGUUCAUUCCUCCAAGCCCUUUCUGCGUGAUUUCUGUUUCUUCACGCUCUCCAAAAAUUCCCCAUCUUUCUUCUCAUUGCUUUCGUGACACCUUCCAUGCUUUAAACGCGCCGCUAACAAAUACACUAACCCUCUCUCUUCAUGAUUACCAAAACGCUAAUCCCAUAUUUUGGGUUUGCUUAAUUACAACAUCAAAAUCCAAACUUUGGGAAAAAAAAUCCAAACCUUUUCGUUGUAAAACAGAGCAAUCAUGGAAAUGGGUUUAUCUGGGAUGAUGAAUCAUGGAGGAUCAAAUUCAAAAUUACGGAAAUUUGAGAUAGAAUCAUCAUCAUCAUCACCAUCAUCAUCCUCUGAUCAUAAGUUUCAUUCGAUGAAUGCUCUUGAGAUCUUGAGAGAAACCGUUAGAAUUCUCCGGUAUAAUCUUGGUGCUUUCAUGUUAAUCGCUCUUCUUUUGAUCUGUCCUGUUUCCGCUAUUCUAUUACCAAACCUUUUAGUUGAUCAAUCAGUUGUUAAUUCACUUACAGUGAGGCUUCUCUUAGUUUCCAAAUCAAGUGGUCUUCCUUUAUUGCCUUUUGUUAGAAACUCUUGUCAGAAAUUCUCUGAGACAGCUGUUUCUUCUGCAAUGUGUUUCCCUUUGUUCAUCACUUUGUCACUCUUGUCUAGAGCUGCUGUGGUUUACUCUGUUGAUUGCACUUAUUCGAGGAAGAAAGUUGUGGUGACUAAGUUUGUGGUGAUAAUGCAGAGACUAUGGAAACGUCUUGUGAUCACUUACUUGUGGAUUUGUACUGUGAUUGUUGUUUGUCUCACUUCCUUCUGCGUGUUUCUCGUCGCGGUUUGUAGCUCUUUCUAUGUUCUCGGAUUCUCUCCUGAUUUUAAUGCCUAUGGAGCUAUCUUAGUUGGUUUGGUGUUCUCAGUAGUGUUUGCAAAUGCUAUCAUUAUCUGUAACACCACGAUCGUGAUCUCGAUUCUUGAAGAUGUGUCGGGGCCAGGAGCGUUGGUUAGAGCGAGUGAUUUGAUCAAAGGACAGACUCAGGUUGGUUUGUUGAUAUUUCUAGGAUCAACAAUAGGGUUGACGUUUGUGGAAGGAUUGUUUGAGCAUAGAGUGAAGAGUUUGAGUUAUGGAGAUGGUUCUUCGAGGUUAUGGGAAGGUCCACUACUUGUGGUGAUGUAUUCAUUUGUGGUGCUUAUUGAUACAAUGAUGAGUGCAGUGUUCUAUUUUAGUUGCCGGUCUUAUAGUAUGGAAGCUGUUGAAGCUUUGGAAGCUUCUGGAGAGAUUGUGUCCCAAGAUUUGUCCCUGCUUUAAGAGUUGUCUUCAAGUUUCAGAACUUUGAGGAUCUAAGAUAAUGCGAAAGAAGGGUAACAAAAGAGUUAGUUGGAUGACAAGUAAAAAUGAGAGGCGAUUUUGUAUAUGAAAGGAGAUUUUUAGUUGAGCAUUCUUUGUUGGGCUUUCUGCUUCUUCUGUUUUAGUUUUUUUGUUCUUUACAUUUUGUGAUCGUCACAUAUCGUAACGGCCCAUGUUCUUUCACAUUUGGUCUUACUUUGUCAAUAAUCAAUUAUAAAAUGUGUCCAUCUCAUGUGUUAAGUUCUUAAUCACUUUUGUGUUUGUGUUUUCUU